AUGGCUCCCGUCCCGGAAGCCUAUUUUCCGUCCCUGGACAAGUGCUUCUCCGGGGACGUCCAGCUUCUGUCCUGGAGGAGAGCCUUCCUUUAUACCUGCAAUGCACGCUGCGACGUUGACGACACCGGUCAUCUCAGUACCUUUCUUUCACACCCCGAAAGCAUCCAGCUGCUUUCAGAUUGCCUAAAAUCCUUCCCCGCGCCGUCAACCAAGUCAAAGUCCGAUUUCGAAUCGAAAACAGCUGCGAUACAUGCUGAAACGACUGCGCAGGGGUCAUACGACCUGAAGGAGAUCAAGGCCGAUGCCCUGUGGUUGAGUCAGAAAGCCUGUAUCGAUGAGGUCAGCGCUCUUCGAACCGUCAUCUUGGAAUGGCAGAAUCGUCCUGGCACACGCCUUCUAGCAAGGUUCGCCGACGAAGAAGCUACGAGUCUACAGGGUGCAGCUGGAGUUGAAAAUUUCCGAGUAUCAUUGGCUGGGCCCAGUUUUGCUGAAAUCUUCAACAAAAGCACCCGUCGUGAUGACGCGUCUGAUUUUGCUUCAGAGAAAAACCGACGCAUGCGCAUACAGAACCUCUAUUUAUCGGAAAGAGUCCACCUCGUCAAAACGGCUCGUAAGCUCCUCGCUCUCCAUCUGUCCGACAAUCUCGAUCAGAAAACCCUCACCAGUACCGAACAAAAUGAGCGCGUGAGCUUGUUGCGCAAGCUAGGAGCAUCUGUCUUCAAAAACAAACUUGUCGGCGACGAAUGGCGCUCCCAGAUUCAAGCUUGUAUUAAUGCUAUUGAGAGUCGGCUUAAGGCGCUGGAGGGAGAUGGUGGAUGGUUGGGGGCGUCGGAGAGCAGUGAAACUGUGGAAGACAUAUGGAGAACCACCACCGUCGAAGAGAUAUCGCACAUAGUGCAGAUGCUGUUUUUACAGCUCCAAGCGUCGGCAGACAUCCCCUCAGCACAGCUUCUUCUGUCUUGGCUUCGUCUCAUGGCCAACUAUAGCUUUUUGGAGCCCCUUCAAGUGGCUUUCGUUUCGUUGACAACGCUUGCAUUUAUGAAGUUACCCAUCUCCUUCCCCGCCAUCAUCGACAAGACCAUGUCCAACGGAGCAUCUGCCUCCAAGACACCGUACUUUCUCUCGAAAGAAGAUAUCGGUCAAAUAAAUGAGAUCCUUGUGAAUGCAGGCGCCGACGCGAAGACUGCGAAUCCCGCUGCAUUUGCAUGGGGAUUGAUCUUGAAUACAAUGAGGGAACUGGCAUUGAAUGACAAAGAGAGCCGUGAACUGGAACAGUUUCAUAGCGCAGUGGACUCUUUUCAGUCAAACACGCCUCACUCAAAUACUGAUGGUACAUCGGAGCUAUCACUAUACGAAGAAUUACUCGAGAACGCGAAGACUCCGAAAUUCACAGUAGACGAGUCUAUCGCUAUCCUCACGUCGGAUGCACUCAGACUUGUUGCAUUCGAUACCAUCAUUGUGUUGGCCUCCAAAGUCGGCGCUACUUCUGCUGUUGAUGACAUUCUGUCGAAUUGUUGGGCCAGAGAAGCACUCCUGGAUUUGAUCCGUGUGGCUGUGGUAUACUUGGACUAUUCCCCCGAAAUAGUCGAGUCUGUGCUUGCGAUUCUUACAGGCUCUCUAACUUCAUUUACAUGGCCUUUGACAGCAGUCUCCCCUGGACCGGGUGAUCCCCGGUCAAUAUUCCUGCAGGACGAUGUGUUGAUGGAUAACAUCUUUCGGAUAGCCCGUUCUCGGUUCCCGUAUGAAACCGUUCCUUUUCUGAAACUGAGCCGCAGUCUCAUCAGCAAAGAUCUGGUGAAUGAGGAAGGAAUCCCUUCAAUACUGGCCGAGCUUGAAAGCAUGGAGACAUUCACGCAGGUCCUGCCGCCUGAAUUCCAGGCCUAUGAGACAAUCCGAGAAGACGAAAACGCAAACUUUGUCACCCUCACUCAGUCGCUCCCUAUGCUUAACUCGACCGGGCGAACAAAGUUGAUCUCAAAUUACGAACCCAGCAAUGCUUUAGUCGUCACAGGCUCGUCACAAAUUCCCACCAUGACUGUCGGUCAAGUCGUUUCGGAGUCUAGGCCCGUGGUUGUUAUGUGGCGUCAUCAAUAUUCUUGUUUAAGCUACCUUGGAAGCUGGCUUGAAGACUGGAAUGAGAGCGGAGGGUACGCUGCAGGAUGGGGAGAAGAUGCUGUCGCGGAAGUCAUAGGACUGCUGGCAGACCUCCUCAUCGCAGCGAAGGACUCUAACGUGCAGGAUGGUGACAACUCCGGCCCCAAGAGAAUCCUGGAACUGGCGAGUGAUGGGCUCUCGCGCCAGAGUGAUGUUAUCUCGUUGGUUUUCGAAAUAUUCGAGCGCAAUCUAUCGAGUAUUGGACCGAAGGCUGGGGCUGAUCAUGUCCUGGAAUCUACAAUCGCCUGCCUCCGGUUUAUCUGUGCCCUGAUUGCUAUUCUACCCGGAAGAGUGUGGCCUCUUCUUUCUCGCAGUAGAUUGCUGCGCUCCGAAGGUAAAGGCGGGAUCCUGACAGCGAUAGUUUCUGCCAUGGAGGUGACUUCAGGUGAAUACCCGUUCCUCCUUGGUUGCGUCCAUCUGUUUGAGGCGAUCGUCACCGAUGCUGCCUCUCGUGCAGUCUUGAGAAGAAGCCCGAAUAGCAUUACUGGGAAGACAACGAAUGUCUCCGAUUGGACCGCUGGUGUCCCGUCACAUAUGAUGAGGGAUAUCCUCUUGAACUUCGUCCGGACGAUGGUCGAAGUUUAUAAUAGCAGCAUAAACUGGAGGUUCAACGCACCGGGGCAAAAGUUCGAGAUCAAUUCAACACUUGGUAACACCUUCGAGAGGAUCCUCUAUUACGCCUAUGGAGCAAAUGACUCUGCUAAGUUGGAUGCCAAAGUCACCGGGAUAUUCUCUUCCUCGGCAACCUACCUUGUGGACGUUUUACGGCCAAAGUCGGAAGCUGAUCUCCCUUUCAACCCGCUCCUUCGCUUGAUCGUUGAAGGCCUGCAGACCCCUCCGACAUUGUAUCUUCGAUAUUUGUUUUUGGUGGAGAGGCAAACAAAAUCGACUCUUGAACUCUCAUCUCGGCUGUUGCAAUCAGCCCAGUAUCUGGGAAGUUCGCCAUCGCUCUUGGAAAAGCAGCUAUUCAGAGCGACCCCGGUUCUAGUCAAAUUAUACGCCUUGCAUGAUGCUUAUAGACUCCCGGUCACUCUGUUACUCGACACCCUUAUCUCAGGCGCAGCUUUGGACCCGGAGAAUGAGCCCCCGUCGUUGGUUGGACACCUAGGAGCAGAGUCGUCCUGUCUUUUCCUUGAUGUAUUGUCCCAGUUUGACAGACCGCUAAGCGAUAGAGGUCUCAACUUGGCGAUUUGGCGAUUGCUGUCAUCCCUAAUCAGCAAGCGACAACAAUGGCUGGCAGUCUAUAUCCUUACCGGGUCGUCUCCUCGGCAGACGUUGAGGGAAGAUAGCAAGAAAGCUCCGGCUAUGAGAGGAACCCCGUUUUUGAAGAUUGCCCUUGAUAUGCUUUCUGAGAUCGAUGGGUUGGACCUGCAGGUAGCUCUUGCAUUGCUGGAGUUUGUUUCUCAGGCUCAAGAGCAUUGGCCUUGGGCGACGCCGGAGUUGCGGAAACACCCUCAGUUCUUCCCGAGCCUGGUAAAUUAUGUCUCCAAGCUGAAGAUCUCUUCAUUGUCCGUGGUGGACCAAAUCUUCACGACCCGAAUCGCUGCUGUCAUUGCCGAUCUUUGCACGGUUUACUUGCAUUCUGCCAAGGAGAUGCAGGAUCGGACGUUUUUCAAAAGCUUGAUUCCGCUUGUGUCCUGGUAUGCUAAGGAAGCAGUUGAAGUGCCAGGAUACAAUGCGUCUCUUCACACAAACCUAAAGAAGAAUUUCGAGAUGCGUUAUGCUGGGUGCAAACUGGUCGAUUUCAAACGCACAUCGUUACAGCCGCGUUGUCUCGGCUCCGAGUACUGCUACGAUAUCCAUCUCGGAAAGCAGCUCCUUUCCUAUGACUUCGCGUGGGUGGGCACAAGGAACCAGGGAUUUGCGCAGGAGUUUGAAAGAGCCAACCUGAAUCUGUCGCUUGUUGAAGCGCAAGUGAGUCUUCUUCACAGCUGGAAAUUUUUUGCCAUCGAGCAUUGCGCAGAUUUCAUGACGGAUCGGGAAGUUCAAAAGUCGAUGGCUUUGGUUGUGCAGAGAUGUCUCGAGGCCAACAUGAAUGGCGUUCCGCAGGAGCCCAUUUUUGAAAGAAUCCAACAAACGCGGGUUGACUUUGCCCAGGGUCUGCUUCAAAGACUUGUCGAAAUUGGAGCCAAAGGUGCUGAAGUCUUCGGCUUGCUUCGAGUGGUCUGGGACACAAUACGCACGCGUCACGCCACCUAUGAAGAGGCCCUGGCCAACGACGAUACUGAAUACUACAGGUCGCUGCUGAACGUUCUAUUCCUGGCCCUGCAAUUCCAUCUUGAUACACCUUCUCGAGCAGCUCCCGAGGCUCUUAGCAAGAAGCCCGAGGUCUCGUCCGACCUAGGACUGGUUGUGGAGGUCGUCAAGGUUGUCGUUGCGCAAGGGUUCCGGUCUUUGACGGCGUAUUUGCACGAGCAGCCAGAUAAAUGUGCGCCCAAAGACUUUGCCGUCCUGACAGCGAUCCUGCAGAGCUGCUUGCAGGUGAAAAAUGUCGACCGACUGUAUGAGCACAUGGUCUACCACAUUGCAGACAACGAUACAGCGCGACAUGCGACUUCGCUGUUUUCCUGGGCGGAUCAGCUCGCAGUGGCUGGCGACCCUGUGUACGGAGAAAUCAGCAUCUCCUUCCUGGUGAAGCUGUCCACCAUCCCUAUGCUAGCCGAGCAUCUCGCGGUCGAGGUGGUUCUCAACCGACUCUCAACGUGUCGGUUGACUAAUAUCAUACGACAAUCCAAGGGCUUCGGGCCUUUCGAUCCCGUGCCCCGAAUGUACACGAUUUGGACAGGUGGAUUCCUUCCGCUAUGCCUGAACCUGCUCUAUCACGUCGUCCGGUCCGCCCCCGAAGUUGCCGCCUUCCUCAACCAGUUUGAAGGCCAACUCCAGCGCGCGACCGAGUCAUUCGCGGCGGGCCGUACGGCCGUCUCUUCCGGGUCGACCACACGCCGGAUCUGCCUAAGCAUGGCAUCCGAGGCCUACUCCCUGGCGCUGAUCUCUUUCAUCCUGAACCGGUUCCGGGAGGCAGGCGCCAGUCUCGGCGUGGACAGCGAGGCCAUCCAGGAGCUCAAAUGGGACAAGUCGCAGGUCAAGGAAGACAUUGAGGAGCUUCUCGAACGCAGGCAGAAUCUCCGGGGACGAAUCGUGGCCACCAACGAGAAGGAGGUGGAGUUGUGGCGGCAGAAACCGGUGAAUUCUGCCUCGUCCGGGGCGGAGACGCGACUGGAAGAGAAGAUUGUGGGCGAGCUGAAGGCGGCGCUGGUGUGCCUUGGGGGAGAGGAGGCGUAA